UAGUAAUUUCCCACGCUAUAAUUCCUAACAUGAAAGAAUCUUCUGAUCACGGUGCACUAUGCAAAAUAAGUGAAUCAUUGAGCUUCGAAAACAGUUACACCUCAUGCUACAUAUUGGAGGAAGCCACAAGGCGCUUUGUAUCACGACUGAAAAUGAAACAUAUACCACUCGAUUACCGAUUUACAGACGGAUGUUCAAUAUCUCGUAUUGCGUUUAACAUAUCGGGAGGAUGUAAUGAAGAAAAGAGCGAAUUGUGGCCAUCAGCCUCAAUGGACGAGUCAUAUUCAGUGGAGAUUGACAACGGUACGAUAAGUAUUUAUUCAAAAGAGAUUUGGGGAACGUUACAUGCACUUGAAACAAUACUUCAAUUGGUGUGGAGAAGUAAACUCGGUCAGAACGUGAUAUUUCAACGCAAAAUGGAAGACUGGCCAAGAUUGGCACAUAGAGGAGUGUUGAUUGACACUUCCAAGCAUUAUCUGAGCACUGAAGCUAUCAAAAAUAUUACAGUUGCAUUAUCAAUAGUGAAGAUGAAUGUAUUGCACUGGCAUAUGACAGAUGAUGAAUCCUUUCCGUAUUCUUCCACCGUUUAUCCUGAAUUAUCUUCAAAGGGAGCAUAUCAUCCACAUGAAUAUGUAUAUGAAAGGGGUGAGAUUGACUCGUUGAUAGAAUUCGCUCGACUACAUGGAGUUCGCGUGAUAGUGGAAUUUGAUACACCAGGACACACUCUGUCAUGGGGUAAAGGACACCCAGAAAUACUCUCAGGCGAAGCACGUAAAGGACCAAUCAACCCGACCUGUGACAAUGUUCGUACAUUUCUGUCAAACUUGUUCCAAGAGAUUUUGAGUGUUUUUCCCGAUGGCUAUCUGCAUUUGGGUGGCAGUGUAUUUGACAAACAUUGGUGGCGAGAAGAUGAAGCGAUUCAGAAAUUUAUGAAGGAGAAUGGAUUCGAUGAAGACUACAACAAACUAGAAAGUUAUUAUUUUGAACAACUCAUGGAGAUCAUCCAGAAUAUUACUUCAGACGCACAUAGGACUGUGACACCGGUUGUGUGGCAGAGUGUAUUUGAAGACGGAUAUCGAGGCAACUCUAACACCAUUGUACAAGUGCUAAAUAAUUCAGAUUGGAAAAGUGCCGUCAAGUCCAUCACAUCAGCUGGCUACAGAGUCAUAAACUCAGCCUGUUGGUCUGAGGACUACGGAGAUUUCACUGACCACGGAGAAAAGUUUUACUAUUGCGAGCCUGCAGAUUUUGGUGGUACUGAUGAAGAAGCUAAAUUAGUCAUCGGUGGAGAAUUCGUCAUCUGGGGAACAUACGUGGAUGAUACCAAUCUACUCUUACAAUCGUGGCCGGUUAUCGCUGUGGCCGCUGAACGUCUUUGGUCUGACUUUGCCUAUGACUUUGGUAUCUUCUUAACAGAGUUCAACAUGCUUUACUGUCGAAUGAAAAUAUUAGAUUGGAAGUUGAAGCCUUUCACUCGACCAGGAUUCUGUGAACCAUGAUGAAAUGUCUCAAUAAUGCAAGAGGUCUCAACUUGUUCACAAGUGACUGUAGCAUCAAAAAUUAAUGAUGCCACUAAAAAUAACACAAACAUACUGAGAUACUUGUUACUACUUUUUUAUGAUUGUUAUUAUUAAUAUUUUUGUUAUCACAGUUGCAUACGUUGUACAACACCACAAUCGAUUUUCAUAUGAACGAAUGAAGUGUUAUAUCGAAAUUGAAGUGAAAUUCAUCUGAG